AUGACUGAAGUUGCUCACUCUAAGGCUUCGAACUUUGUGUCAUCAGGUCGAUCAAUCAAAGGUCUCUUACUGCCUCUCACUCCGCCAGAAGAGCAUGGUAUUACUGAUGAAGGGGCUCUGAAAUCUCUGGCGGAGCAACAUGCCAUUUUCUAUGAAGCCAGCCUCGAUACGCGAUUGGAUGCUGUGAACUACGCCUACCGAGAUAUCACUACGACCUGCCGGGCCUUCCCAGCGGUCCGGUCCGAGAGGUUCAUUCUUGCAAUGGCGGCCUGGUUCUCGCUGCUAUGCCAAGUGGACGAUAUUAUCGAGGAGCUGGACGCAAAUCUAGCACAAGCCGCUCUGGCAGACAGUAUCGCGAUCCUCAAGUCCAAUACAAAGGUCUAUCAAGGAAGAUUGCUCGAUUAUGAUGGAGGUUUCGUCAAUCCUGGGUGUAACCAAAUAUGUGCUUUGACCAAAACCUUUGUACGCCACCUACGCGAGCUUGUUCCCGCCUCGAUCUUCAUCAAGGUGGCCAACGACGUUCUUGACGUCUGGGAAAAUAUGGGCCUCGAGAGGGUGGUCAAGGACGGUCCAGCACCGGAUGUGGAGUCGUAUAUAUCCCUCAAGUCGCGGACAAUCGGCCUCUCACCAUUCUUCGACAUUCUCCAGGCAGAGUUGUGCCGUGAGAUUGAUUCGAAGCCCGAAGUACACCCCUCCAUUAUGUGGCAGCUUGAGAGGAACGUUGCCCUCGCUGUCACCCUGCAGAACGAUAUCAUUGGGCUGUCGAAGGACCUUGCGCACGACCACGCUUUGAACUUAAUCUCCAUCCUCACCGUGACUGAGGAUAAGAGCAUAGAGGCGGCCCACGAAGUGGUAGUCGCAAUGCACAAUCGGGCGGUCAAAGCGGCCUUGUGCUCCGCUAGCGCGAUUCGACUAGCUUCUCAUCAGCAUGGCUUUUCGUAUUCUUCGGACUACGCUGACAGCUUACUCGGCUUUAUUACAAGACACUUUAAAUGGGCAUCUUCAGCACAGAGGUACGUUCCGUAG